UUAAUUUUCCUGGCCUACAGUACUAUUUAUAUCGAUUCUUUUUCAUUUCGCUUGCUUAUCCAAUUUCGCUACAUUCAUCUGCAAUUGCGAGAAUUCGUCGCCAUGAAAGUUCCAGCUGCCAGAGCUCAAGAAGAUAUGAACAAAGAGGCGAAGAGCGCGUAUUUUGAUUUGCCAGCGUUGGAUGUUUCCGUCGCAUUUCCUCAAGCAACUCCAGCUACGGUCUUUCCUCCCAGCGUUUCGGAUUAUUAUCAGUUUGAUGAUCUAUUGACUGCCGAGGAACAAGCUCUGAGGAAGAGAGUGCGAGAGUGCAUGGAGAAAGAAGUUGCUCCGAUAAUGGCAAAGUAUUGGGAGAAGGCAGAAUUUCCAUUUGAAGUGGUUCCGAAGCUUGGUGCGCUGCGUGUAGCUGGUGGCAGUAUCAAGGGCUAUGGUUGUCCCAACCUCUCCAUAACUGCGAAUGCCAUUGCUACAGCAGAACUGGCAAGAGUUGAUGCCAGCUGUUCGACAUUCAUUUUGGUGCAUUCCUCCUUGGCAAUGCUGACAAUUGGACUUUGUGGAUCGGAAGCACAGAAGCAGAAAUAUCUACCUUCCCUUGCAGAACUGAAGACAAUAGCGUGCUGGGCGCUAACUGAACCUGAUUAUGGUAGUGAUGCAAGUGCUCUGAGAACAACUGCAAGAAAGGUCGAGGGUGGUUGGAUACUUGAUGGCCAAAAGCGGUGGAUAGGGAAUAGUACUUUUGCAGAUAUUUUAGUUAUCUUUGCUAGAAACACUGCUACGAAUCAGAUUAAUGGAUUCAUCGUGAAGAAGGAUGCUCCGGGUUUACAAGCGACCAAAAUAGAAAACAAAAUUGGCCUAAGAAUUGUGCAAAACGGUGAUAUUUUACUGGAAAAAGUUUUUGUACCUGAUGAAGACAGGCUUUCCGGAGUUAAUUCAUUUCAAGAUACAAGCAAGGUGCUUGCUGUUUCUCGUGUCAUGGUUGCUUGGCAGCCAAUUGGCAUAUCGAUGGGUGUGUAUGACAUUUGUCACAGGUACCUGAAGGAGAGGAAGCAAUUUGGUUCUCCAUUGGCAGCUUUCCAGAUCAACCAACAGAAAUUAGUUCGCAUGUUAAGUAAUAUUCAAGCAAUGUUUCUCGUUGGUUGGCGGCUGUGCAAGCUGUACGAGAGUGGUAAAAUGACUCCUGGUCAAGCUAGCAUGGGCAAGUCAUGGAUUUCCUUGAAGGCAAGAGAAACUGUUUCUCUUGGGCGGGAAUUACUUGGUGGCAAUGGGAUUUUAACCGAUUUUCUUGUUGCAAAGGCGUUCUGUGAUUUGGAGCCCAUAUAUACAUAUGAAGGCACUUACGACAUCAACACCCUUGUAACGGGCAGAGAGAUCACAGGAAUCGCCAGUUUCAGGCCAGCAGCAUUGAGCAACCGGAGUCGUCUGUGAUACUGUGGCUCCAUGAGUUGACUGGGUUUCGUUAAGUUGCUUGGCUUCUGCACCCCAAGAUGGGUGGUUGGAAUUAGCAUGUGUGCCAAUUAAAAGAGAAACUCGACUAGCUACAAAUUUGCUACAGUUGAACCUUUUAUAUUAUAAGUAUUAUUGAUUAGUACUCCAAUAAAAGUGGCAGCAUCACCAUCUCUGUAAUUUCAGGCAAUUUCAUGUAUGGGAUGUGAAUAUUCCGAUCUCAGUGGUUUCAAUUAAUUUUAUUUUAGCAAA